AUGAUUGUUAGAAGUUUUGACACGAUCAAUGUCGCCCUGGCGCCGCAGGUUAGACCAGCGAGCGUGACCGCUAUUUUGCCAACCUCUCCCGAUGAGACACAGAUUGAGUUCCCCUCGAAACAAACAUCUAGCCGCACAUGUGGUCUAAAAUCUGACCCAGAAAGCCACGGUGGUGUCAAUACUCAACUACAAUCGAACAGAAGCGCCCGACAUACCAGGACUAUCUUGGGUGGGAAAGCAAAUGCAGAGAACCUACCGGUGCCUAAAACGAAGAGGCGAAAACUGGGAGACAGGAGGGAUAAAAUAGUUGAAAACAUGGAAGACUCGGCAGACUGCUCUCGGCCUCAUUCUCAGUUGGUGCAAAAUGGAUUUACCGCGCAGAAAACGAGAUCAAGAGACCCUAGAAAACAGCCUUUAAAAAACCAAAAUUCAGAGGAAACAACUCAUUCAAGGCUGAAAGGGAAGGUUAUAAAGCCAUCCACUAACUCCAAAAUAUCGACAAGUAAGAAGUGCUCUAUGCAUCCUGCUGAUUUACAGCAGAGGGUGGCUGGAAGUUCUGGUUCAGAAUUCUGUGGAUUACGCCUUGAGGAAGCUACUAUGAGAAGAGACUUUUGGACACCCAUAAAAGACACAACUCUGGCCCAUAUUGACCUUACAGGAUCUCCCGUGUUCACGCGAACAGGCGAAACUCAGGAUAAAGGCAAAGACUUCAGAUCAUUAAUGUCCGGAUUCAAUUUCUCAAGGGAAGCGUCUCGUGAAGUUGGCUCUGAUGGUCAGUAUCCUGCUGAAGGGCCAACAACAAAACAGCUCUUAGAGCUCAUACCACAAAGCUUGCCCUCAGGCAAACAUUCGGGAGAUGAGGCUCACGAUGCAGCUACGUCUAGUGCCUCGGAAGGAAAAGGCUGGUGUAAACCAGCUAGAAAACCCAAACGACCCGCCAAAUCAAAGAUUUCUACCAUCACUUCGCUGACUAUAGGGCGAUACGAGUCACCAUUUACAUCAGAAGGUGGUGACUAUAUUUUGUCAGCCGAUAAAGACGUAGCGUCCAUCCAACCCGCCGGAAAGCCUUCUUCGAAGCGUAAGGGUACAAACGCAAGAUCUGGAACAAAGAUUUCCAGGGACGAAUACCAAGCUCAAGCUAGACCUCCUAUAAUGGAAGCCCUACAGACUAUCGAAAACCUAGCGUUAGUGUUCGGAACUUCCAGUCAGCUUGAGAGAGAUUCUAGUCCUAGUGUCUAUGGGCUAGAGUCUGGCCUUGAACACGGUCAAGGUCAGUGUGAAUCAGCCAGAAUAAGAUCCAGAGAGCCCUCCCCCGGCCUUAUGGUUUCGAGGUUCUCUAAAUCUAAGAACUUAUGGGCGGCAAGUUCUCGUGACCUAGAUGGGUGUCUUUUGAACGUUGAAAGGGUUGAUCUGGUCGGACCGGCAGCUCUAGCGCAUAAACCUCGGGGCGAGCAACAGACUACUAGCGCCAACAGAUUUCCUGAGGGUGAGAUACAUGCGGGGAUUCCACCGCCGAUUGAACAUGAAAGCUUCGAGAAGAUUGAAUCAUCCCUUAAUGCUAUUGUUAAUAUUGACACUCCCAAUACUAUCCAGCAUCCUCAUGAAAUUUCAACCACCCAUAGCAAUGGAAAUGGGGUCGAAAGCAUGCCGGAUUUUAACCGACUUUCAACCGAAGACCUCGCAGUCAAGUUGGCCUCUUUUGGAUUUAGGCCGAUUAAAAGACGUGAGAAAAUGAUAGAGCUUUUGGAGAAAUGUUGGGAAAGUAAAAGGAAAACUUCUGGUAGACCAGAAAUUGAACCAGCUUGCCCAGAUGAACCACAAGGAACUGCUCAAGGGGAGCCCUUGAACAUUACUGCAACCCCGAUAGAAGCUAGUUCUAUACCCAGCAUCAACCCCCUAAUACGGACAAUAAAGCCCAAGGACGCCACCCCCGAUGGCAUAGCUGAUUCUUCACGAACAAAUGAGGCCACAUCUCACAACCUGAAACUCUCGCCAAAGGCUGAGGGAAACACGCCCCGUUUCAAGGGCAGCGAACGUGAUACUCAACCAGCCACAAUAGAAAUCGACGAUGCUACCAAUGAAGACUUACCAGAGUCAUCUAAACAGCUGAGCAACCCCGAGAACUCCCAUAUUCCUUCUCGCGUACCAUCAUGCGAUAGGCUGAAUGGUCUUGUGCCACGGCCAGGAAAAUUUUCAAUUCGAACUAAAGGAGUUAGUACCAAGGCGAACGAACCGGCAGAUCUCCCAAAUAUAUUUAUACAAAUUACAAAUGCUGUUAAAGCACAGCCUCGCAUACGCAGCAUAAAAGGUGUCAAGCAACCCACAUGGCAUGAGAAAAUUGUCAUGUAUGAUCCUAUAUGGCUUGAUGAUUUUACUCUAUGGCUGAACGUGGAAGGCUUUAAACGCAUACAUGAAGAUCGAGAAGUUCACGCAUCAUUGGUAAGGGAAUGGUGUGAAAGCAAAGGCAUCUGCUGCUGUUUCAAGAAUAAGAGAUGACAGUAUAUAUUAUACUUAGAUUUUGUUUCAAAGUUUCGUUUCAUGGGAUAUUCCUGAAAAUGGAAUUAGCAUCUAUAUGGUGUUUAGCUGGUAUGGCGAAUCAAGCUUAGCUCUUUGGACGUUCGUUGGAGGUAUAUGAUUAACAACG